UUGCGUGAGUGCGAUAGCCAACCCAACUGCGUGUCCCUGCCUGCUUCUGUGUCGUAGGAUUUUGUCUGUCUCCUUGCAAAAGUAGCACGUCUUCGCUCGCAACUCUCCGCGGUCUUUCUGUCCCUCGAUCUGUGUGGCGCUUUCCCCCGCGCUUCAACGCAUCUUCUGCGCGUUCCUCGGUAUAGCCCAUUCAACCUAUUCUCCGCAGUGCUGAAAUAGAGAGUGAGUGAAAGGAGGGUGGCAAAAGAGAGAGAGAGAGGAGCAAGGGGCGAUACGGGGAAACACACGAGAGAGAGUCAGAUAGAGAGAGGGAGAGAGAGAGAGAGAGAGGAGAGGGGGCGAUACGGGGAAACACAAGAGAGAGAGUGAGAGAAGGAGGGAGAGAGAGAGGGGGGGGGGGGUGUAAAAGGAAAAUUGCACAAUCCGUCAAGGCUCCCUAGCGCGCGGAUCUUUCGACGGCUGCACCAUUAAUUUGGACGGUCGGAAAGAGUGAGCAUGUUCAGCACGCGGGCACUCACACUCCUGUCCUCGGUGUUUGGGGCGUGCGGCCUGCUCCUGGUGGGCGUGGCUGUGUCCACAGACUACUGGCUGCUGAUGGAGGAGGGCGUCAUUCUGCAGCAGAACCAGAGCAUGGAGGUCAGGAUGGCCCUGCACUCCGGCAUGUGGAGGGUCUGCUUCGUGGCAGGACCUGAAAAGGGGAGAUGUGUAGCAUCGGAAUACUUCACCACUGAAGCUGAGAUCGACAUCGUGACCGAAAACACUGCAAAUAUACUAAAGAUGGUACGGACGGCCACACCGUUCCCCAUGGUUUCGCUGCUUUUCGUCUUCACCGCCUUCGUCAUCAGUAACAUCGGACACAUCCGGCCCCAGCGCACCAUCCUGGCUUUCAUCUCUGGAAUCUUCUUCAUCCUCUCAGGGCUGAGCCUGGUGGUGGGCCUGGUCCUCUACAUCAGCAGCAUCAACGACGAGGUGAUGAACCGGCCACGUGAGCCCGAGCACUUCUUCCACUACCACUACGGCUGGUCCUUCGCCUUCGCUGCCAGCUCCUUCCUCCUCAAAGAGGGGGCCGGGGUGAUGUCAGUGUACCUCUUCAUGAAGCGCUACGCCGAGGAGGAGAUGUACCGGCCCCACCCGUCCCUCUACCGCCCCCGCCUGUCCGAGUGCAGCGACUACAGCGGCCAAUACCUUCACCCCGAGUCGUGGCCUCCUCCAAAGAGGGGCCGCAGCGCGUCUGAAGUCUCCAGCGACAUCUCCAUCCAGCUGAACCAGACGCCCCCGCCGCCCAAGGGCAGCUCCAUGCAGCAGCAGCAGCAGGCCCCAUCCUCUGGCCCCUCCUCGGGCGCCAGCUACCAGCAGUCCUCCUCCUCCUCCUACCCCCACCACUCCAUGUCCUCCCACCCCCUCCACUCCAGCCACCACACCAUGUCCUCCCACCCCAGCGGGCCCCCUCCCCAGUCCAUGCCCAUGGCCAUGCCCCCCUCUGCCCAGCCCCCUCCCCGAUACCACCAACACAUGCACAUGAGUGCCUCGCCAUGCUAGAAGGGGGGAGUGAGGGAUGAGGGAGGGUGGGGAGGGGGGAUAGACAGAGCAGGGGUUGGCUCUGUCAUACGUCCAACACACAGAGACAGAUGCAAACACACACACAAGUGCACACACAGAAGUGUGGGAGGAGAGAUGGAAGAGGGGAGGAAGGAAGGAUAUUUAGGAGAUCAAGAGAAAGAAGGGAAUGAACGAAGGAAAGAAAAUGAGAUGGGUGGAGGAUGAUUCACAAUUGAUGCUGUGCUUAAAAUGAAGACAGAUAUUUUAAACGAGGGAGAGAGAGAGGGAGGGAUAUGAUCAUCAUUUACACAAUAAGAAAAAGAGGGAGGAGGGGAGGUGAGGGGGUCUAUAAGAAAGGGUGAUUCUGUUUCAGAAGAAAAAGAAUACGAUGCAUUUCAAGCACUAAUACACACAAGAAUCAAGAACAAAUUGUAUAUGCAUAGAGAUUUAUACUUAAACUGUAUAGACAUUUUUCUUUCUCUAAGUCCUGGAAAAACAAAUGUUGAAAUCUUAACCAUGUUUGUCUUUCAUGAGAUGUGUAUUCCUGUAUGAUUAGUUCUAUCAUUGUAUUCAUCGUUUGUAUUUGAGAGGCAAGAAUUGUGAGUACGAAGACAGAAAUCUGAGACAUCUGAAGAUCAUUCAAGAGGGUUCUGUGACUUAACUGUACAUACUGUAACAUCUCAGAUUCCCCUCUGCAGUAGCAUUCUUGUAAUACCCUUACACUCUUGGAAAAAAGGGUUCCAAAAUGGUUCUUCGGCUGUCCCCAUAGGACAUCCCAUUUUGGUUCCAGGUAGAACCCUUUUUGGUUCCAUGUAGAAUCCUCUGUGAUUCUAAAAGGGGUCUAGCUGGAACCAAAAGGGUUCUACCUGGAACGAAAAAGGGUUCUUCUCCAAUGGGGACAGCCGAAAAACCCUUUAGGUUCUAGAUAGCAUCUUUUUUUGUGUGUGUAUAAAUGUCCAGGUCAUAGGCUUCAGUAUCCAUAAAAAAACACUUGAAUUGUUGUUUUAUGUUUUUGACUAAAAUGUCCUGGUAACAAAGAAAAUCCAUAACUUCCCAUCAUUUACAAAUAUUUACGACAGAGAAUAUAAAAAAGCACCCAUUUUACUACGAAGAAUGAGAGCCUAUUUGCAGAUUCCAUGAGACGUAUGAUCCUCCUUAGAUUGCUAAUUAGCUUGAGUGUUCAUAUUCUGUAGCACAUGGCUGCUUACCGGUAGAGUAACUUCCUUCUAUUCAUAGUUACCAAAAGAGCUUUCCAUACAGCGAUGGAGUAGAUUGAUGAAGUAAAGACUGUGUUUAUUUUGAAAUGUUUACUUUUCUCCUUCUGACUGUGACUGGGUGUAUAUAAUAGAUGCUGCCUAUGUAGCCUACCUACUGCACUACAUGUUUACAUUCUAUUCUGAUGUUUAUUGGUAUCCUUAUACUAAAUGCAACACACACACACACACACACAAACCAGCUGCCACAGUCCUGCUAUAACUUCAAUUACUACUACUACUAUUUCUACUACUAAUAUCAAAAGAAAGAUUGUGACCAUUAUCAUUAUCUAUGUUUAGAAACAUCUGUAUUAUAAUAAUGUAAGUAAAUGGAACUAUAUAUGAACAUAUAAUAAAACCAUAGAGGAUGUGAGAGAAAGAAAGUGGGAGGUUGAUAAGAGUUUAACAAUGUCUAAUAUAAAGCACAGAAAUAAACACUGAGUGUACCAAACAUUAGAUACCUCUCCUCCCUCCUCAAUUCGUCGGGGCAUGGACUCUACAAGGUGUCGAAAGCAUUCCACAGGGAUGCUGACCCAUGUUGACUCCCAACGCUUCCCACAGUUGGGUCUAGUUGGCUGGAUGUCCUCUGGGUGGUGGACCAUUCUUGAUACACACAGGAAACUGUCGAGCGUGGGAUAAACCUACUACCAUACCCCGUUCAAAGGCACAUGCAGUACAUCUUUUGUCUUGCCCGUUCAACCUCUGAAUGGCACACAUACACAAUCCCUGUCUAAAUUAUCUCAAGGCUUAAAAAUCCUCCUUUAACCUGUCUCCGCCCUUUUAUCUACACUGAUUGAGGUGGAUUUAACAAGUGAUAAUCAACAAAGGAUCAUCGCUUUCACCUGGAUUCGCCUGGUCAGUCUAUGUCAUGGAAAGAGCAGGUGCUCUUAAUGUUUUGUCCACUCAGUGAAUUUCACAAUAGCGUCCGUUCGUGAAUUAAGGUCUGAACGAGAGCAAAACAUGACCAAUGGGUCUCUGUAGCACCACCUAGUGCUUUUGCAGUGAGUCUGAUUGCUCUACAUCGAGGCUGAACUUUGCCUUUUGUGUCACGACGCUCAUUUUUUUCUAGCGAAACGCUAGCAAUUCUGGACUUGGGGGAUAGAAGAACGACUUAUAACAAAGUCUUGCAAUGUCUGCCUACAAAUAGUGAACUAAUUCCCGAUCAAUGUGCAUCCAUUUCAAUUGUUUUCCUAAUAUGAUGUGGUUGUUUUUCGGAAUUCCAUAUCUUCUCAUGCAAUCAGAACACGUGAUCAAAUGUUUUUUUAAAUAGCUAUAUUGUUUUUUAUGUAGCAGAUGCACAUACACGUGUGAUGAGUGGUAGCAUUCGUUUGUUUGGGACCCGGGACAGCGAUGUACAGCCUAUAAUAUAGUAUAGAGUAAAAUAUAUGAACGCAUUAUCAAACAGGACUGGCUCCUGCUGGAGGGAAAAUUAUAACAAAAUAAUAUUUGUAGCUUGUUCUGUAAUCAUAAUAGGUAGAAUAGUGUAGUGGUGUAGUUGUAUUAACUCUAUAGUGUAAAAUAUAGUAGGCCUAUUAUGAUUUGGUGUGAGAGGUUGAUUGAGAGAGGGAGAGCGAGAGAGAAAUGAAAGGGGUAGCUAUAAGAAUUGUAUAACAUUCAUGUUGUCAAUUAAAUAUUAUCCUCUGUUGUUUUUCCUCGUUAUAAUACUCUGCUAAAUUGAGGUUUCCUUUCAGAGAGCCAUGUCUUGACUAGACCGUGAAUGUUAUUGAAGUUGAGGACGAUUGUGGUUUUCUGUAGCUAAAGUGAGAUUCAUUGAUUUCCUCAAGCUCCUUUUAUUGCCUUCACUUGUUUCUCCUCUUGCUUCCCAUCCCCGGUAUCCCACCUUUUGAACUUUAUUGAUCAUUUGUCUUGGUUUGUCUCUCAAAUCCCCAUUAAUGUAAUGUGGGGCAGACUUGUUCUACCUGUCUCUUCUCUUUGCAGGCCUCGUUUUUCACUCAUUCUCGAUGACUUUCUUCUUUUGUUAAGGCGCUCUCUUAGAACCUGUCUUUGAGCUUUUUAAAAUGAACUGUGCCUAACAACAGUAGCAGAGAUCCAAGCUAUUAAUUAUUAUUAAGAUUAUUAUAUAAUUCUUAUUGUUGUAACUAUUAUUAUCAGUGUAAAUAUAUUACCCAUAUUUACCACCAAAUCAACGAUUUAAUGGUAAUAAUGACAAUAAGGACAUUUUCUUUUUGCUAAGCAAUGCACUAAUGAAUCUGAAGAGAUUGUUCAUACCUGAGAUACUAUUUGUUAUUGGAUCGAUGCCUGUGGGUAGCUGACUAACGUCAUUGUUCUACAACUAAUGAAUAAAUCCUAGAGGUAAA